AAUAUAAAUAUUUGAAACAAUUAUAAGAAUUUUGAGUCAACUAAACUUUGAGCUAGAUGAUUUAUAUUUGGCGCCAAGUGGUUCAACCAACCAACCAGUAAAAAUCAUCGUGAAAUGUUGUGCCAUCUAAUAUAUGUAUUCUCAACUAGGAUAAUAGAACCUAAACUUACCUGUAACAGCUGUAAAUUGUUUAUGUAUGCACACAACAUGAGUGACCCACGUGGUGUGGAAUAUUUAUGGGAAAGUCUUGCAAAUCACCCGCGAUGUCCUCAUGGACCAACAUUAUUAUUUGGUAGAUAUAUCAAGGGUGAAAUAGAUAAAUUUUAUGCAUGUUCUGCCUGUCGAGAUAGAAAAUUAUGCAGAUUUUAUUUAAAAUAUGAUCAAGAAUUGUCUAAAUCUCAAAAACAUAUGUGGGAAUUGGAAAAUAAGAAGUUUGUUCGACGUUACAUUCAUCAAGAAUUAUAUAUUCGUUUUAAUAAACUCAAAACAGAACCUGUGACAAAGCGAUGUUACUGUCAUAGUUGUGAGAAAUUAAUAUUUAAUUUUGAAAAAGACGACCAUAUAGAUCACGAAAUUACAGAGUAUUUAACUGAUUAUCAAAUGCAUCAUCCAACGGAGCUUUUAAAACCUUUAGAGAAUGCAAAGAAGGAAGCGCAAUAUUUAUUUUCUAAGAAAUCCACAGAAGAUAUAAUAAAUAUGCUCUUGAAACUUGGAGCUAAGCAAGUCCUUUGUAUCGGAACGCCAAGAAUACAUGAAUAUAUAAUCGAACAUCAUAUGGAUCAAAUGUCUUCUCUUCUUUUAGACUUUGAUGGAAGAUUUCAUAAUUUUUUUGGUCCAUUGGAUUAUUGCUGGUAUAAUCUUUUUAAUCAUCACUUUUUUAACAAAGAUGCCAUUGGUAUAUUUAAAGAUUUUCUUACUCAAAAUGAUGGAAAAGAUACUUAUUUAAUAUGUGAUCCUCCAUUUGGUGGUCGUGUGGAACCGAUAUCAUACACCAUACAGACAAUAUAUGACCUAUACAAAAAAUUGAAUAAACAUGAUGAUUUUUCUUUAAAAAUUAUGUUUAUAUUUCCAUAUUUUAUGGAACAUAUAAUGAGAGAGAAAAGUAAUCCACCAUGUGUGACUGGUGGCUUGAAAGACUUGAAAAUGUCUGAUUAUAAAGUGGAUUACGAUAAUCAUCCCUUAUUUAUAUCAGAAAAACAUGGUAAGAAAUAUGGUUCUCCAGUGAGAAUUUUUACGAAUAUACCAUUGAAUCUACUAGAGCUUCCUAUGUCUGAUGGAUAUAAAUUUUGCAAACACUGUGAAAAGUGGGUUUCCGGUGAAAAUAAGCAUUGCAAGAAGUGUAAGGAAUGUACUUCCAAAGAUGGUCAAACGUACAAGCACUGCAACAUAUGCAAACGCUGUGUGAAGCCUACUUGGAAACAUUGUCAAAUUUGUAAAAGAUGUAUGUUAGAGAAACAUAUAUGUGGCUCAAUACCAAUUAUUACAGGAAAAUGUUUUAAAUGCGAUGAAUUAGGCCACACUAGAAAAGAAUGUCCUAAUUUAUCUUCUACUAAAAUUACAACUGACAAUGAGAUAAAUAUAAAGAAAGACAAGACAAUCAAGAAACGCAAAAUAGAUCGUGGAUUAAAAACAUCGCCAAUUAAGAAGAGCAAAAUUGAACAUUCCAAGAAAGUUAAACAAGAAGCUUUCAUAAUCGAUAAAAAUAAAGUCUUAAAAUUAAAAAAGAAUAAAAACCUAAAAAAUAAGAAACUCUCACGAGUAAAAUAAAAAAGUAGUGCUGUGUUGCGAGUGGAAAUAUUCCCGAAUACCCAGAAGGAAUUUUAAGUACCAAGUUUCAAUGAUAUAAAUAACUGAGGAAACUUCUCGAGAUGCAGAAGUGUCUUUCCAAUCGUCCGUAUAUCAUCUCGCACAACAUCGCACAACAAAAAUAUACUCAGAAUGUUAAAAAA